GGUUUGAUUUUCUUUCCCAACGGCCAACGGUUCGCCUGAGAAUACUUCCAACCACUUUCGCUAACAUAUAUAUAAAGAUGUAAGAGCUGGCUUCUUUCAUUCCUCAUCGAUACACAAAGUCUGAUCGUCGCACCUCGCCAGAGAGAAGUAACAAGGCGCUAAUACUUUCUUCUAUAUUUGGGUUUGUGGACUGAUUUGAACCAUUAACUAAGUCAUUUGGAUUGCGGAACCUUUCGGAAGGAUUUCAUUUCAAUUAAAAAGAACGUUCUUAAUAGUUAAUACAAACUAUUAGUAUACUGUGAUCGAAAUCUCAAGAUCUCUCCCUGCUUGAUUGCUUGUGCGAAGAUCUCAGAUUCGGCAGGGCUUCUAGUGUGGGCUUUAAUUCCCAAUCUAUUCCUCAACGGAAUCAAAUUAUGUACCCCUACUAUUAUUUACCGAACUGGGAAGGAGUCCCAUCUCAAAUGAAAGUCGAACCAGCUAAAUCUCCUGUAGCAUUUGCACAGUGGCCACAUGGUGGUAGUUAUGGCUACACAUCUCCAACGGAAUGCCAUGGUUGCUGCAACCAUAGCUACUGUCCUGUUUACUACAAUUUCAGACCUUCACAACCUCCUCUUCCACCUCCACCCCCAUUUUAUUACCAUGGAAUUUACCCGCCAUAUUAUCCCGAAUCCUACCCUGCUUACUACUUCCCUUUGCAUUAUCCAAUGGAACAACCUCGAUAUGAGUACGACAAGAACAUGCCUACCCACCCUUGUUGUGGGUGUCCAAAUCAUAAAUGCCGUCCAAAGGUGGAAAAUAAUGUAAAGAUUGAAGAGCAAGCGUCAGAAGUUGAGAAGAUGGAGCCUGAGCUUUCUGGACCAUUAAAAUUAGAAGACUAUCCAUAUCCAGUUGUGUGGAUUCCACCUAGUUAUGCAAAGGAGAGUAGCAAGAGUUCUGGACUAGAAGCAAAAGCAUGGAAUGGUUUGUUUCCACUUGACUUGAACAAUAUCAAAUCUUGGAAACAUGGUGAAGAUGAAAGGAGAGGACGGAAUCAGCAAGAUGACGAUAGAAAGGCGAAGAUUCAAUUUCCAAUGUUCUGGUUUCCUGUUUGUGAAAAUCCAAAAGAAACUGAAAAGAAAGACCAAAAGGAAACGACCACUGGUCCAACAUCUGCUGAAGAAACGCCUUCCAAGCUCAAGGUUAUUCCUGUCAUGCUUUUUGAGAGUGAUGAGGAUCGUGGGGAUAAACCAGAAGUUUCUCGAGUCUCAACUAACGAGAAUCAGUCGAAGAUGGGGGAGGACAAGAGCAAAAGCAUCGAUGUGCAAAAGAUGGAAGGGGAGAAUAAAUCCUCAGAAGUCACAGAAAGGGAACCGGAAGACAUUCCUGUGGAGCAAAUAGAGAAGAAUGGACAAAAAACCUCCUCGGGUACUGACAAAAAUAAAGGUUCUUCAUCACCACCAAAAGCAUCUAAGUUGCCUCCUGUUUGCUUGAGGGUUGAUCCUCUGCCACGGAGAAAGAGUUCAAAUGGUGCCUCAAGGUCUCCCAGUCCUGGUCUGAAAGAAGCACUGCACAAGGAUUCUAAUGGAACUUCUACUCCUAAUACAUUAGAUGUGAAAGACAGACUGCGCCAUGAUUUCAUACCUCAGGACACAAGUUCAAAUAAAAUUCCAGAAGAACAGCCUAAGAAAAAUGACAUAAGGACCAUUGAAGUGAAGAAGGAUGAAAGCAAAAAGGAAGAACUAACAAAACAGGAUAAAGUUCAGGUUUCAGUAAGUGUGCCUCCCAUACAUAAUGAAGAGGUUCAAGAAAAAACAGUCAUUGAGAAAGAUUAUUUCAGUCAGAAGAAACCCAUGAAUGAGGAAUGCAAGAGAGAAAUUGAGGAAGCAAGGAAAGAGAAGAAGAAAACUUUGUCAAUCACGGAGGCAGCUGUUCUUGUUCAGUCAGCUUAUCGUGGGUAUGAAGUGAGGAAGUGGGAACCACUGAAAAAACUAAAGCAGAUUGCAAGAAUCAAUGACCAGGUGAAAGAUCUAAGAGACCGUAUUAGUGGUCUUGAAUCUUCUGCUGGGCUGCAGAAAGAUGAGAAGCAAAGGGCAGUUGUUGGUGAAACCAUAAUGGGUCUACUUCUACAAUUGGACACUAUCCAGGGUUUGCAUCCAAGUGUCAGAGAUAUCAGAAAAUCUGUGGCUAAGGAACUUGUUUGCUUGCAAGAGAGACUCGACUCUAUGACCACUCAGAAGCAUGAAGGGAUCAAAUUGGGAACUACCGAAACUGUGUACACUGGAAAAUCUUCCAUGGAGAGCGCUUAUGACUCUGUCUGUGGUAAUAGAUCAAACGAAGGACGUGAAAAAUCAGAACUUGCUGAUGAUAUUCCUAAGCCUACGCAUGAAGAUAUAUCUGACCUAAUGAAGCCAUGCCAUGGGUUACCAGGAGAUGAACGAUCUCUUGCUGAAAAUCCAGUUCCAACAGACUUCAAUAGGGAGUUCAAGGAAAUUGUUGACUCCCGAUUGGCUAAUAAAAGCCCUUUGUUAGCUGAUGGAGAAGCUCAGGCAGACUCUGAUAGCAAAUCUCCAAGAGAGACAUGUGAAGGGCCGGAGUCAAUUGUAGCAAUAUUUGCAGAGAACAAAGGUAAGGGAUGGGAUAAGAAUCCUGAUUGUGAUAGUAGAAUCGAGGUACUAAAUCAUGUGCAUGAAAGUAUGACAGAUGCUCUACCAUCAAUGUUGGAUGAGGAGAUUGACCCCAAGGAUGAAUCUGCUCGAUUACCAUUAUUGGAAGAUAAGGAAAAUGAUCCCAAGGGAGACUUCAUGGAGUCUUCAGUAGAGGUCCAACAUAUCGAUUCAGAUGUUGAGACAGUGGCUAAAUCCAUUGAAUCUGAAGCUAAUCCGAUGUCAGCACGGGCAUCUGGAGAAAUGAAUGGACAGCCAUCCAAGGGUUACAUAGAUCUGGCGUCAAGCAAGGAUGGAGAGUGUCUACAACAAGACAAACAUUGUGCUCUUAAUUCAGCAGAGUUUUUCUGUAGGCCACUAGAAAUGAAGGAAAAUCAAGAAGAGAAGCUUGUAGAAGCUGAGGCAUUGAUGCAACCAGUAAUGGAUGGGCAGGAUUAUCUAGAGAAGAUUGCAGAAGGCCGAGAUGUAUCUAAUGAGAGUGCUGCAGAUUUUGUUUCACCUCAUUCUGUGGAUUACACAGCUAUAUUCAAGGAUGACAAAGUAGAGGCAGAGAUCAAUGGGGAAUCACUAGAAAUGAAGGAAAAUCAAGAAAAGAUUGUGGAAGCUGAGCUAUUGAUGCAACCAGUAAUGGAGGGGCAGGACUAUCUAGAGGAGAUUGCAGAAGGUCUGGAUAUGUCUAACAUCCCUGAGAGUGCUACAGAUUUUGUUUCGCCUCAUUCUGCAGAUUAUACAGCUAUACCCAAUGAGGAUAACAAAGUAGGGGCAGAUGGGGAAGUGACAGUGACCAAGAUGCCCAAAUCUGAUGAACUGGAGAAGAUUGAUAAGAAGCCUUUGCCAUGGAAUGAAGAUUCUAUCUGCAACACAGAAAAGCUCCUAUUCUGGCCAUCGAAGAAGAAAGAAUUUCAGAGAGAGGAUGUUGUGGAAUCCCCAAACCUAGAGGUCUCACUUCAUCCACAUAUAGUGCAGGAAAAGAGUCAAGAGAUCAUAGAAGGCCAAAGCGUUUCUAGUUCAGAUACCCUAGACACUAUAACGUCAUUUGAUUGCACAGGUUACAUGGUUGCAGCUAGCGACAUAGAAACAACUAUCAAACAGAGCAAAGAAGAAACAAUGGAUGAUCAGGAAAGGGCAUUGUCUGAGCUGCCAAAAGUUGAGAUGGAGGAGCAAUACACACCUUCUAUGAGUUUGGAAGAUUCAAAUGAUGUGCAAAAGGAAAUGGAAGCAUCCGAGGAAUUAGAAGCCAAUGGUAGCUGUUGCUGUGAUCUUGAAAAGUCUGAGGUGGCUGAUGAAUAUAUCAUGAACAGAGAAGACUGUGGAAAAGAAAAAAUCCACCUGGUCCCCACAUCUGAAGACAAAACUCACCUCCUCCAUGGUACAGAACUAGCUGAAAGUAAUAAAAAACUAAGGGAGAUGCUAAACAAGCUGAUCCAAGCAGGCCAGGAGCAGAUGACAAUUAUAUCAAGCCUGAAUGGGAGAGUGAGAGACUUGGAGAGGAAAUUGACAAGGAAGAAGAGACUGAGAAGGAGACGUGGGGUGGCUGCUGCAUCUUCCUCUGUUGAUAAUCUAAAUUGUGUGGUGAAAGACAAAGCUGUGGAUUGCAGCUUGUAAUUCAAGUGCUUCUACAGCGUUUUCUCUCCAAUGUACACGCCGGAGUUAUGUUAGUUUUAUGUAAAGAGAUAGAGUCUGUUGUGUCGUUGUUUUAUAGUUUGUAUUUUGUGUUACUACGUUUUUUUAAGUUGACUGGUAUCACAUAUGCCUCUGUAUUUGCAAGGGCGCCAAUACCAAUUGGUAUUGGUAUUAGUCCCACUCUAUGUUGACUCCUUGGAUAUCUUCUCCGUUUCAA